ACGGAGAGCGGCGGCAGUCAGUCGGCGCGCAACUCAGUCUGUGGUGCAUGCUCGCAGCCAGCUGCCACGGUCAAUGCCCGCGGGGACCCCAGCCUGCCACUAGCGGCCGCGCGACGCCAGCCGACACGACGCCUCCCGCUGCCACCCCCGCCUCACCCACAAGAGGACGCGUGCCCGGUGAAGAGGUGCUCACCGCCCACCGCCCACCCCCCGGCAGCGGCGUCAGCGCGGCAAUCCCGGCCCCAGGACAGUGCAGUGCUGUGCGCGGCGCCGAGCGGACCGGCAUGCAGUGCUAGCUAGUGCCGCGUGCGUGAGUGCGUGCUGAUCGAGCCCGGAGCCAACGUCGCAGCCGCAGUCGCCCGAGUCAGCCAGCAGGAUGCGCUGCUUCUGCAAGAGGAUCCGCACCUUCCACGUCAAGGUGGUGCUGCUCGACGAGCAGGAGCUCAUCCAGGAGAUGCAGGAUAACAGCCCGGGCCAGGAGAUCCUCGACACCGUAUUCCGACAUCUCAAUCUCCUGGAGACGGCGUACUUUGGCUUGCGCUACCUGGACGCCUCAAACCAGACGCACUGGUUGGACCCUGCCAAGAAGAUUGCCAAGCAGCUGAAAGGGACGGAUCCUUUCACGCUGUACUUCGGCGUGAAGUUCUACGCGGCUGACCCGUGCAAACUGCUGGAGGAGAUCACGAGGUACCAGUUCUUCCUGCAGGUGAAGCAGGACAUCCUGCAGGGCCGGCUGCCUGUCACGUUCGACCUGGCGGCCGAACUGGGUGCCUACGUCGUGCAAUCGGAGCUGGGCGACUACGACCCCCGGCGGCACUCUCCCGGCUACGUCUCCGAGUUCCGAUUUCUGUCCAACCAGACCGUCGAACUGGAGUCCCGCAUCGCCGAGCUGCACAAGGGCCUCGUAGGUCAGCUACCAGCAGUGGCAGAGCUGAACUACCUGGACAAAGUGAAGUGGCUGGAGAUGUACGGGGUAGAUUUGCAUCCUGUGCUGGGAGAGGACAAUGUGGAGUACUUCUUGGGCCUCACCCCCAGUGGCAUCAUUGUCCUAAGAAACAAGAACAAAGUCGGAAACUAUUAUUGGCCCAGAAUUACCAAGAUUUACUUCAAAGGCCGGUACUUCAUGCUUCGGGUGUGCGACAAGAACAACGACGAGAACACGUACGGGUUCGAGACGCCGUCCAAGUCAGCGUGCAAGCAUCUGUGGAAGUGUUGCGUGGAGCACCACGCCUUCUUCCGCCUGGUGCAGGUCUCGCCCACCACGCCCGACAUCUUCUCGCUGGGAUCGCGAUUCAGGUACAGCGGCCGCACGGAGAAGCAGGCGCAGCGCGACGCGCAGCUUCGCCUGCGCAGUCCGCCGCAGUUCACGCGCACGCCCAGCCGGCGAUACCAGCGGCGCAUCGUCGAGGGCGCGCAGGACGCACCUAAAGUAGAGGAGACUGUCAACAAGGAAAACGCACCGCCGCCACCACUGCCAGUUCAAGAGCUGAAACCAAUUUCGACAGUCCCUCAGCCAAUACCUUCGGUAAGCAGUUUGUACCGAUCUACGUGUAGCAUCCCAGCAGCACUGCCAUCAACACAACAGCGGGCAGAUUCUCCUCGCUCGACACGGUCGGCACCGUGGACACAACCGGUUCACCAGCCACACAUGCGUGGUCUCUACUCCAGUUCUAGCCCACGUUCUGUACGCUCUGCAGGACAUCACAACAGUCAGCUGCUCAGCCGUCUCACACGCCGCUCCUCCAGUGUCGAGAGUCAGAGUUCGAAUGACUCACGCUCCUGCAAGAGACAUCGUCACCAUCGCAGUCGCCGAAGUUCAGACAAUGAGAGUGAAUUGUCAAAAGGCUCUGGGUCUGGCAAAUCUCACAGCCAUGGCCACCGACGACACCGACAUCGAUCCCACGGUACUCACCGGCGUGAGUCGAGCAGUGAACAGGACUCUCACCAUCGCCACAGACACAAGAGCUCCAGCAAGCACAGGCAUAGCAGCCAUUAUGAGCUGGUGGACUCGGAAGCACAAUGGAAGGAAGUGCAAAGAAAGCAAGCUGAAGGAGGUACUGGCAUACAUAAGGCUAACGUCAUUCCAAGUCGAAGAUCAGGGUAUAUGAACAGUGGUAUGGAGACUGAAUCAGAGCUGUCCUAUCACCAAAAACGCAAACAGAAGAAGCACAGGUCUAGAUCUCGAUCUCCAUCUGAAACAAAGCCAAGGCUCCCAGAUGAGUUAAAGAAACAUUUGGAAUUUGAUUUGAUUGAUACAGAGGGAAUGUCAGAAGCACAGCUAAGAGAAAUUCCUUAUAAAGUGGUUGAAACAAAUAGUAAAGCCUUAAGAGUCAAACUGUCACCAACCAGCAAGAGAAGACAACGUUCCCCACGAAGGACAAAAAGCUGUUCCACGCCGGAAGAGAAAUGUCAGCCUCCCAGCAGUGGAGACAGCCCACCGCCUCCCUACUCUCCUCCAGAUGGUAGCGGACCACCCAAGCCUGGCCCUUUACCCCCAGGUGGGGGAGGCAACUCUGGCACUCAGGGUGGUGCAGGCUCCGGACUGACGGACUUCCUGAACAAGAACUCCGGAUCCAGUUCCGCCAGCCCUGCAGGAUCUCUGCGUAUACGCAAUACUAACACUGAUGUCAAUGGCAUUAAUAACAACAGUAGUAACAACAGCAAUAGCAAUAACAAUAACAGCAGCAACAACAACCAUUUACCAAGACUGUCAACAGCACUAAACGUGUUGGAAUAUCGUGGCAGUAAUGUAAGUGGCAGCAGUACUUCACGUGCUGGCCAUCCAAGGGCAUUCAGUUCUGCAUUAUAUGACAAUCCUACAACUCUCCUUGGAGGCAAGACCAAUGGGCACCUGCCACAAAAUAUCAACAACUUAAAAGCAAGUGCAUCCGUUAGUCACGAGCAUUCUGAUUCGGGACUCAGUGCAGAAUCCCAGGAUUAUAGUUUAUAUAGCACAGCAAGAUCAAAUGAUGGGCCAAAGUACGCACAAACAACAAAGCUGUCAACUGCAUCUGUGCAGCCUCCUCUGCCUUCCUUAGUGAGUAAAGGUGGUGGCCGGGAUUACAGUCAACAACAACAACACCAACAACAAGCUAACACUCGGCCUUUUCACCAACCUACCUCCCACUCUUCACAAAGGCAAUGGGAAGAUGGUUCUUCAGGGUUAUAUCGCUCCUCAGCUUCUAAUGUAAAUAAUAACUGGAGCCAGCAGCACGGGGGUAGUGGAGGCCGUAGACGUGGGCCUCUCUACUACCAGCAAUCAUCAGGAAUCCUCAGGGACUCAAACAAGUUCAAUACAGGAGAUUUGGACGCAAGACGUUGUCGAGGCCAGGACGAACCGGGACUAACAGCCAACUUGCUCCACCAGAGGUCUCGCUCAGCCAGCUUAGAGCUUAUACUCUCGCCUCUCAUCCAAAGCACAUACAACAAGCACGAUGAGCUCUGUUUGGAGCAAUGACACAGAGACUAUAUGUGAAGAUGAAGAACCUCUAGAAACUCAAACAAUGUACAAGCCCAACAACGGGGAUUCAUCCAGCAGUAAAUCUGAUAUGACCAAUGGACAUGAAGUUGCACAUGAAAUGAGCACAGAGCUAUAAUAAAAUUUGCACUGGCCAAAUUACAGAACAAAAAGAAAUUUCAUAUAAAGACAUAAGUCAUGUGUGUGAUAAUGUGAACUAAGUGUUUUACCAGUUGAAUUUUGUACCCAUCAUAUUGUCAGGAUACAGUGUUCUGUAGUUGAAAAGGAUUUAUAUAAAAUUUUUAAUACUGUGUUUUAAUAAUAGACAAGGAAGAACAAACCAAAGGAUGAGGACAAUCUGGAGAGAAUGUGUUAGUCUGAAAUAGAGGACAUUUUCAAAUACCAAAUAUUUGAAAGAAUGACUUGCAAUCAAAUUUUGUAAAAUUUCAAUUAGUACUGCAGGCAAAAGCAAUGUAUCUCUAAUAUUAGUAAUGAUGUGCCUGCAACAAGAUGAAGUAAAAGAAAGGUCCAUUCUCUUUCAUUAAUCCAUGAGCUUUCUACUUCCACUACAGAAGUGUUUACUGAUGUGCCAUGGUAUCGCUUUUUGUCCCCUCAUGUUUGUGCUAAUGUCAUAUUGUGUGUGUCUUAUUUAUGUGAAAAUGUAUUUAAUUUGCAAUAUAUGUGUCUGUUGUAUCUGUGGUUAUUGUAUGUAUGCUCAGUGGCAUUACUUAGUUUUGUAUAUAGCAUAUUCACAUUCCACUGUAAAUAUGCAUGGACUGUAAAUAAUAUUUGAAACAAAUAACAGACUGAACUACCAAGAGAAAGUAUCCCUGUAAAGAAAACCAUAUCAGAUUUUCUUCAGUUUACCAGCCAAAGCAUGUAAGAAUGGUUUAUAUAGUAGUAGUCCCAUUUAUCACAUGAGCAUUAUGUUGAAUCUCAUAUAUUUUGUUCCUCUUGCCAUAUUAUUUCAUUUUAUUCCUAUAAAGUUAACUGUGGUGCAACCAUGAGUUUUAAUGUGUUGUUGUUAUUAUUUUUAAAUAAGGAGAACUGUGUGAAGUUGGCAAUUUCUACUGCAGUUAAUAUUCAGAGUCCUGCAAUAGAUGUGCUGUGAUACUAAACAGUGUACUGACUGACUGUAUACUUUCUUAUAAUAAUACCAUGAAGGCUCAUAUUACAAGUAGUUACCAGCCACUGUAAUGGGGAGUAAAUUUGAUUUGUGAGCAGCAUUGCCCUAAAUGAAACAGAAGUUGUACUUAUUAUCAGGUGCUGUACUAAGUAACAAAAACCCCUUUACUUGCUCAUAUAAUGCUGAUUUUCCUUUUCUCUCUCAAUCUUUUUUGAAAGAUAUUGCCUCAAAACUAUUUUUGAGCUGAUUUUCAGCAUUGAUAAUAGCAAUAAUUACUCUUUGAAGUACAGUGAGCUAAUGUUAACUAUAUGAGAAUAGCUCACAAGGGCAUGAGAAUGUAUGCUUUGUUUCCCCAUUGUACUUGCCAUAACUGUCAAUGCAACAAAAUGUCCGAGGUUGUUCAGAAGUAAAUAAGUCACUGAUACAUGUAAAAACCUUGUCAUAUUUGUUGCUUCAAAUGUAAUUUCAAUAGGUAUUCAGAUAGACUGUAACAGACAUCCUUAUAUCAAAAGUGUUUUAAAAAAAAUACAGAACAUCCAAUGUAUUCGUAAACAACCUGCCAGUCAGAAUGAAUGUUUAGCUGCCUCAAUUCAUCACAUCACUAAAUAUUCCAACAUGCAGCAAGAAUGCUUAUACAAUAUUUGAUUAUUUUUAUCUCAGAAACAUGCACUAAUUUAUGAAUUAUUCUGAAAUUUUGAAAUACACGUCUUAAAUAUUAUUACUGUUACAGAUUUAAGCUUUAUCAGAUUUUGUAUUCUAUAAUUAAUUGUAAUGAUAAAUGAAAUGGCUGUGUUAGUAAACAGUCCUAAAUGUCCAUACCAUUUCAAACUAGCCCAUGAUUCAUAAAAAGAUUGCAGUGGAAAAUUAUCCAAAUUAUACUGAUGUGAAUGAUGCUUCUUUACAUGUCAGUUGGAUUAAAAGCAAGGGGUUGUCAUAUACAUGUUUUUCCACUUCACUAAAAUUGAAGUAGGUAUGGUGAAAUUUGUCCAUCAAAUGUUUCUGCAAAAUGUCCGUAACUCAAAACAUGACUGAUGGUAUUGUGGUAAUCAAAUAUUUUGUAUUACCUUUCAUUGUGCUCUUUGUGUGUGAUCUACAAUUUUAUACAAAUGUGCAAGUAAUGAAAAGAUGGGCACAUUUUAUUUUUUGUCAUAUAUAUUUCCAUCCAAAAAUUUGUGUUUUUAAUAAAUGUACUAGAAAUUGAAAAGUUCUUCCCUUUUGCUAUGUCUGUUAGAUAUGCCGAAAUCUCUUGAAACCAAGAUGUUCAGGCCUCUCCAAGAGGUGCCUGAAAUACCCUCUUAUAAAAUUAUUUUAGAAAAUUGUGAAUAAACAGGCUAACCAU